AAGUAUAUUUGGUGUAUGUGCAUUGUCCUUCUAGACAGUCUAGUUGAGUCUUUUCCCACGCCUUUUCUAGACUUCCCAAUUGUACCAAAAUAUGUCUGGUUUAUCAAUGCGACCUGAUGUCAAUUUACCGAGAUGAGUCGCAGAAGAAAAUCUUGACGCUUUUGUGGAGAAUCGUUAGACGCUUCUCGAUCAGACUGCGCUAUCAACAAGUUACUGAGGCUGAAUUUGAAAAUCAAAUCAAUUUCUAAACUACAAAACGUAUCAAUUCCGGAAAUGACCGACCUCGGCGAACUAAACCGGUGCCGCUUGUGCUCCUCUGAGAACGGUCUAACCGACGUCUUCAGCGCUCCCAACAAGGACAAGCUUUUGCAAAUGAUCGCCGAGUGCACUUCCAUCAGGAUCACCUUCGAGAUGGACUUUCCCUGUGUGGUGUGCAGUUGCUGCAUCCGAAUUGUGAACCAGUUCUUCACCUAUCGACAGAAAUGCCUGGACUACAACUGCGAGCUGAAUCGAUUGCGCGGAAUGAAGGAACCGCUGCUGGUUGAAGAAGCUGAUUCUAAGGAUAAAUCCGGUUCCAACCAUAAAUUUGAAGCAUUCUACGAGGACGUUCAGAAACGAAUACAGGAGUAUCUUGUGAUACAAGUAAAGGAAAUCGAACGGAAGGCCAUGGAUAAGGUGAAAGAGGAAUUGCAGGGACUCGAUGUUGGACAAGGAGAACACAAAGUUGAAUGCGUUACUGUAGAUACUGUUGAAAUAGGAAAGGAAGGAGAUAUUAUCAGCGAGCGCAAUUCAGAUGCUGACAGUGCCGACGAGGACGACAGCCUAAGCAUAUCAGUGGAAAAACCGAAGGAUCCUUCGGACACUCCGAAGGGACGAGUCAGUAAGUUUAAGAAUCAUGCGAAAUGUACAGCCAAAGACAAUCCAGCAAAGAAGCUCCGAUCGAGUUCACCUUUCAGUCAGAUAUCGAGCGAAGCAUCAGAAGAUCAGCAAGAAACAUCGGCGGAGGAGAAACUAGCGGAAGCCCGGCGAAAAAUCAACUCACUUAUGAAGCAGAACUAUCGACUGGAACUGAAUCAAUUGCGGCGGGAAAGUAGAGGGCCAGCGGAACCGUUUCGAAACUACAAAUCGAACUUCGUCGACCCGAAGGUGAUAGAGAAAAUCAAUGCCGAAUGUCCCGUUGGGCUCGAAGGCGACGGAAAAUUCAUUUCCGCCCUGGCAGAUCAGCUGUGGACCCGAGAUCAGUUAGCAGCCCGAUCCGUGCGGGGGAAGCAAUGCUAUCGUCAUCCGGAGUCGUCGACGCACAUCCCUGCCAGCCCGACCAAGGUGUCAUUCAUCCACGACAAACUGAUGCAACGGAUCAACCUAGAGGAACGGGAGGACGAUGAUCCGCGACGUAAACUGCAGUCGCGCGUGUCCCACAAGUUGAAUGAGAAAUUCAACAACGCGAGACGAUUAAAGGAAAAGAAGCAAUCCCGCAAGCGUUAAUUAUUCAACUAUGAACGUAGCCGAUUUAAUCCAGCUUUUUACGCUAGCUCGCUAUAAACUUUCAAUCACCCCUUUUUGACUUUUCUUGUCAACACUAUAAUAUUUUUAUGGUUUGAUCAAAGCAAACCUUGCUAUGUUGAAAUUUUUUCUUGUUGAUUUUAGAGAAA